GCAACAGAUCGUUAUUGUUGAACGUGCCAUCAAACUCCCUUUCGCGUGUGUGUGAGAGUGUGUGUGUGUCAAACUUAAAAGUGCACAAAUAUUUACGCACAUCAAAGUAGAAAAAGAGAGACAAACAGCUAAAAAUAGAGACGAACUUCCUCUGUCUGUGGCACCUUCUAGCUUAUAAUUCCACGCGUGCUCCACGGACCACGUCAAGGAUUUGGCUGCACCAACUCCGACUUGGACUCCCGGAGAACUCCUUUUUUUGUUCAUUCUUCUAAUUCAGCUGCUUCACAAUGCAUACGCCGACGGGCAAAGUGUCGGGCUACGUUUGCCUGAUGAUUGUGCAAAUCAUUUUCCUGGCACUUUUCUGGCUUUUCGUGCGUUACGAAAAGUCUGCUCUUCCCGCGCCCCUCGUCUAUGCCACAGCCCAAGGCGACGGAUCAGCAAACGAACACGUUUCAAAAUAUCCGCAGUUCCAGGACAUUCAGGUUAUGAUAUUCAUUGGCUUUGGCUUCCUGAUGACCUUCCUGCGCAAAUAUGGUUACAGCGCCACAGGUUAUACUCUGUUCAUGUCCGCUUUGGUGGUACAGUGGUCCAUCCUCAUGAAGGGAUUCCUGCACAUGGAAGCUGGCAAGAUCAGUCUAUCGCUGGAGAGCAUCAUUGAUGCGGACAUUGCAGCCGCUGUGCCACUAAUCAGCAUGGGAGCCCUUCUGGGCAGGACUACUCCUAUUCAAUUGCUUUGCAUGUCCAUUUUUGAGAUCGCUCUGUUCGCAGCCAAUGAAUAUUUGGCAUUAAAUAUUUUAAGCAUCUGCGAUUGUGGUGGUUCCAUCACGGUGCACGCUUUCGGCGCUUACUUUGGCCUGGCUGUGGCUCUAAUGCUGCGUCCGGCGAGUGACCAGAAUGAGGCUGGUAAGCAUGAGGGAGCCAACUAUACGUCGGACAUAUUCGCAAUGAUCGGCACCACCUUUCUGUGGGUCUACUGGCCCAGCUUCAACUCGGUGCUGGCCGAUGGCGCCGGCGGCGAACGGGCAAUCUUGAACACGUUUCUAUCAUUAGCGGCGGCAACAGUGACCACCUUUGUUGUAUCGGCGCUUGUCAGCCAUGAUAAUAAAUUGGAUAUGGUGCACGUGCAGAAUUCGACGUUGGCCGGCGGCGUUGCCGUUGGCACCGUUUGCAACUUGCUGCUCGGAGCGCAUGGCGCUGUCCUAAUUGGCAUUAUCGCCGGCACGAUUUCGGUGCUCGGCUAUCGCUAUUUAACCCCCUGGAUGACUAGCAGUCUCCGUCUUCAUGACACUUGUGGCGUACACAAUUUGCACGGAAUGCCCGCCUUAGUCUCGGCCAUUGCCUCAGCCGUUGUUGCCUCAUUGGUCACUCUAGAGAAUUAUCAAUCGGAUCUGCAGGACAUAUUCCCAGCCAUGGUGGGCAGCAAUAGCACAGAUACCAAAAUAAUGGGUGGAUUGGGACGCAAUGCGAGCACACAGGCUGGCUAUCAAUUGUUUGGCAUUGCACUGACGCUGGUCAUCGCCAUUGGAGGCGGCAUUUUAACGGGUGCUGUGCUGAAGUAUGUCAAUUUCCGAAAUCUGCAAAAGGAUGAACAGCAUCAGGAUGAGCAGUAUUGGGAGGUGCCCGCCGUGGAGAACAAAGAGGAAUAGUUGAGUGCCCGAUUCACUGUCCUUGUCUUCACUUUACUGUACAACACACACAUAAACAUCCACACAGAACGUUUCGAAUAUGUCUUGCUUAAAUAUUAUAUCAUUAUUACUAUUGUAUUGUAUUGUAAUCGUUUUUAUUAUUAUAUUCUGUUCUAUUUGCCAUGUUUGCCUGCA